GUGGCCGCGGAGGACUGAUCCAGGGGUACCGCCCAUUUGUCCCACACAUUCCAUUUGAUUUUUAUGUGUGUGAGAUGGCAUUCCCCAGAGUAAAGCCGAUGCCUGAUGAGACGGCUUUCAGUGAAGGUCUGCUGAAGAGAAACCAGGACCUCAGCCCCACACCAGCAGAGCAGUCCUCCAUCUUGUCUUUAGUCACAAAGAUUAAUAACGUCAUUGACAACCUGAUUGUUGCUCCUGGGAACUUUGAAGUGCAAAUUGAAGAGGUCCGUCAGGUCGGUUCAUACAAGAAGGGCACCAUGACAACAGGACAUAAUGUCGCAGACCUAGUUGUCAUCCUGAAGAUCCUUCCCACAUUGGAGGCAGUAGCUGCUCUUGGGAACAAAGUUGUUGAGACUCUUCGCACUCAGGACCCCACAGAAGUGCUUUCCAUGCUGACCAAUGAGACGGGUUUUGAGAUAAGUUCUGCUGAUGCUACCGUUAAGAUUCUCAUCACCACCGUCCCGCCCAAUCUGCGCAAGCUGGACCCAGAACUGCACCUGGACAUCAAGGUGCUGCAGAGCGCCCUGGCUGCCAUCCGCCACGCCCGCUGGUUUGAGGAGAAUGCCUCUCAGUCAACAGUGAAAGUACUGAUCCGUCUCCUGAAAGACCUUGGGGCCCGUUUCCCUGGUUUUGAACCUCUAACCCCGUGGAUCCUUGACCUGCUCGGCCAUUCUGCUGUGAUGAACAACCCUUCCAGGCAGCCCCUGUCCCUGAAUGUGGCCUACAGGCGUUGCCUUCAGAUGCUCGCUGCCGGUCUCUUCCUUCCUGGCUCUGUGGGAAUUACUGACCCCUGUGAAAGUGGAAACUUCAGGGUGCACACAGUCAUGACUUUGGAACAACAGGUAUGUGUUUCAUCCUUCCAAUUACUGCAGGUCAUACAAGGUUUAGGAUCAUGA